UCAGGGAAUACUACCUCAGGUACCCGCAUUUGCCCUAAUCCGUCCAGCUCUGAUCGCUUCACCUUCCAACACGCCGAUCACCCCCAUAAUUCAAUCAUUCGAAUAACACCACUGCUUAUACGCGACCAGUCUGCUAUCAAUUAUCUUCUUGAGGAGCAUUACAUGCAUCUGCAAAUCUUCAACUCUCCUCUCGACUCCACCGAGUUCCGACAAGCGCGGUUCGUCCGCUCUUCAGAAUAA